AUGGUCAUUCCUCAACAAUGCCCAGCUAACACAUUGACAGUCCUUCAAGCCAUCAGACUACGGUAUUCGCAAAAGGAGAUAUACACAUAUAGCGGUAUUGUUCUCAUCGCCACCAAUCCGUUUGCUCGGGUAGAUUCCCUCUAUGUGCCUGGCAUGGUGCAAGUUUAUGCGGGCAAGCAAAGGUCUUCUCAAGCGCCUCACCUGUUCGCUAUCGCCGAGGAAGCUUUUGCGGACAUGUUACGGGAUAACAAGAAUCAGACCAUCGUUGUCUCCGGAGAAUCAGGAGCAGGCAAGACCGUCAGUGCCAAGUACAUAAUGAGGUAUUUUGCAACUCGAGAAUCGCCCGACCAACCAGGGAAACGAGCCAAGGGCAUUGCGGAUGCAAUGAGCGAAACGGAGGAACAGAUUCUUGCCACUAAUCCUGUCAUGGAGGCCUUCGGUAAUGCCAAGACCACCAGGAAUGACAACUCGUCUCGGUUUGGAAAAUAUAUCGAAAUUAUGUUCGACACUAAGGCAGAGAUCAUUGGUGCAAAAAUAAGGACCUACCUACUCGAACGCUCAAGAUUGGUUUUUCAGCCAUUGAAGGAAAGGAACUACCAUAUUUUCUACCAGCUGGUGGCUGGCGCUACAGAACCGGAGCGGCAGGAGUGGGGUUUGCUUCCAGUCGAACACUUUGACUACCUCAACCAGGGCGGCGCCCCAGUCAUAGAAGGCGUUGACGACAAGGCAGACUUCGAUGCGACCAGGCAAUCAUUGACAACGAUAGGGGUCAGUCAAGAUAAGCAGGCUCAGAUAUUUGGCCUACUCAGUGCCCUGCUUCAUCUUGGGAAUGUCAAGAUUGCAGCCACAAGGACGGACUCGGUCCUCCCUUCCACUGAGACAUCGCUCCUCCUGGCUUGCCAAAUCCUUGGUGUCAAUGCUGGUGAAUUUGCAAAAUGGACUGUCAAGAAACAGCUAAUUACGAGAGGGGAAAGAAUCAUGUCAAAUCUUACCCAGCAGCAAGCACUCGUCGUCCGGGAUUCUGUUGCCAAGUUCAUCUAUUCCAGUCUAUUUGAUUGGUUAGUCGAAACCAUCAACAAUGGUCUCGCCACCGAGGAAGUUAGCAGAAGGGUCGCAACGUUCAUCGGAGUCCUGGACAUCUACGGAUUUGAACAUUUUGCUAAAAAUUCUUUUGAACAAUUCUGUAUCAACUACGCCAACGAGAAAUUACAGCAAGAGUUUAAUCAGCAUGUGUUCAAGCUGGAGCAAGAAGAGUAUCUACGUGAGAAGAUUGAUUGGACUUUCAUCGACUUUUCGGACAAUCAGCCCUGCAUUGAUCUUAUUGAGACCAAACUCGGAGUCCUUGCCUUGCUGGAUGAAGAGUCAAGGCUACCGAUGGGAUCUGACGAGCAAUUCGUAACGAAACUACACCACAACUUUGCGAACGAAAAAUCGAAAUACUAUAAAAAGCCACGAUUCGGCAAAUCUGCCUUCACCGUAUGCCAUUACGCCGUUGACGUGACCUACGAAUCGGAUGGCUUUAUUGAGAAGAACAGGGACACGGUACCAGAUGAACACAUGGAGGUCCUUCGCCUUUCCUCCAACGCAUUCCUCGGCGAAGUCUUAGAGGCUGCUUCCAUAGUCCGAGAGAAGGAAUCUGCGACGGCGUCAAAUGCAAAAGCCGUGUCAACUCCCAAUCGAAGGGUGGGCGUCGCGGCCAAUAGAAAGCCCACACUUGGAGGAAUCUUCAAAUCAUCUCUCAUUGAAUUGAUGCACACAAUUAACUCAACGGAGGUGCACUAUAUUCGUUGCAUCAAACCGAAUGAGGGUAAAGAACCAUGGAAAUUCGAAGGCCCAAUGGUCUUGAGCCAACUGCGAGCUUGCGGUGUGCUAGAAACUGUGAGGAUCAGUUGCGCGGGGUAUCCUACUCGAUGGACGUACGAGGAGUUCGCAAUGCGCUACUACAUGCUGGUUCCCUCUCAGUCGUGGACUUCGGCUAUCCGAGAGAUGGCAAAUGCCAUUCUGAAGAAGGCACUCGGACAAGGCAGUAACAGAGGUCUUGACAAAUACCAAUUGGGACUUACCAAGAUUUUUUUUCGUGCCGGCAUGCUUGCCUUCCUCGAGAAUCUACGGACAACAAAGCUCAACGAAUGUGCCGUUAUGAUACAAAAGAAUUUGCGCUGCAAAUACUACAGAAGGAAGUACCUCGAGGCUCGAAAGUCUAUUCUCCUUCUUCAGGCAUGGACCCGAGGGUACCAAGCUCGUCAACGUGCGGAAGAAGUGCGCCAAAUCAGAGCUGCGACAAGUAUACAGAAAGUGUGGCGUGGCCACAAGGACAAAAAGCGGUUCAAUGAAAUACGUGGUAAUAUCAUCAUGCUCCAAGGAAUGACCAAGGGAUAUCUUUGCAGGAGAUAUAUCAUGGAGACAAGAGUUGGCAAUGCGGCUGUCACAAUACAACGUGCAUGGCGGACACGGCGACAAUUGCGCUCGUGGAGGCAAUAUCGCAAGAAGGUUGUCAUCAUCCAAAGUCUAUGGCGCGGCAAGCAGGCACGAGGGGGCUAUAAAAAACUACGAGAGGAAGCUAGAGAUCUCAAGCAGAUAUCGUACAAGCUGGAGAACAAGGUUGUCGAAUUGACUCAGUCUUUGGGUGCUAUGAAGCGCGAGAACAAGGCUUUGAUAGCUCAAGUGGAAGGCUACGAGAAUCAACUAAAGUCAUGGAAGACACGACACAACACUCUCGAAAGCCGCUCGAAGGAGCUCCAAGUCGAGGCCAACCAAGCCGGCAUCACGGCCGCUCGCCUGAAUGCAAUGGAAGAAGAGAUGAAGAGAUUGCAGCAAACAUAUGACGAUUCAGCUGCGAAUACAAAACGUUUGCAAGAAGAGGGGAGGAAGCUUCGAGAGUCGCUCCGGACCACCAACAUGGAAUUAGGAAAUGCGAAGAAAGCUGGGAGUGACCACGAAAAUGAAAAGAUGUCGUUACGUCAACAGCUGGCCGACCUCCAAGACCAAUUGGAUCUUGCUAAGCGCGCCAUCCCUAUAAAUGGCGAAUUGACCAACGGACAUGCCCCACAGCCUCAAAUCAAUGGCCUCAUCAACCUCGUGUCUUCGAAGAAACCGAAGCGCAGGAGCGCUGGUGCGGAAAGGGCGGAGCCAGACCGUUUCAGCUCCGCUUAUCAUCCGCGUCCAAGCUCUAUGGCCAUCAUGGGCACCAAUGCCCACCGUGAGAACCUUUCCGGAUCGAACUUCAGUCCUGUCCUAGACAACGUCGAAUUUGAAUUGGAGAAUCUACUUUCAGAUGAAGACGGGUUGAACGAGGAAGUCACCAUGGGCCUGAUCAAGAACUUGAAAAUUCCGGCACCAAGCACAACACCUUCACCCACUGAUAAAGAGGUCUUGUUCCCCGCCUACUUGAUCAACCUAGUUACCUCUGAGAUGUGGAAUAACGGAUUUGUCAAAGAGUCAGAACGAUUCCUUGCUAACGUGAUGCAAUCUGUGCAGCAAGAGGUCAUGCAACAUGAAGGUGACGAUGCUAUCAACCCUGGCGCUUUCUGGCUCUCCAACGUUCACGAGAUGCUCUCUUUUGUGUUUCUUGCAGAGGAUUGGUACGAAGCGCAGAAGACCGACAACUACGAGUACGAUCGGCUCCUAGAAAUUGUGAAGCACGACUUGGAAAGUCUAGAAUUCAACAUCUAUCAUACCUGGAUGAAAGUGCUCAAGAAAAAGCUGCAAAAGAUGAUAGUACCAGCAAUCAUCGAGUCGCAGUCUCUCCCGGGAUUUGUCACGAGUGAGAGUAAUAGAUUUCUCGGCAAGCUCCUGCAAUCCAACAAUACGCCAGCAUACAGUAUGGACAACCUCUUGAGUCUACUGAACAACGCUUUCAAGGCUAUGAAGGCCUACUACUUGGAGGAUUCAAUCAUCACUCAGACGUUGACCGAGCUCUUGAGACUCGUCGGUGUAACAGCAUUCAACGACCUGCUUAUGCGCCGUAACUUCCUAUCCUGGAAACGUGGCUUACAAAUCAAUUACAACAUAACCCGUAUCGAAGAAUGGUGUAAAAGCCACGAUAUGCCCGAGGGCACCCUGCAACUCGAGCAUCUCAUGCAAGCAACAAAAUUAUUGCAGCUCAAGAAGGCUACCUUGAAUGACAUCGAAAUUAUCCAAGACAUAUGUUGGAUGCUGUCGCCGAAUCAAAUACAGAAGCUGCUCAAUCAAUACCUGGUAGCAGAUUAUGAACAACCGAUCAACGGCGACAUCAUGAAAGCGGUGGCGUCGAGGGUAACCGAGAAAGGCGAUGUGCUACUCCUGACGGCCGUGGACAUGGAGGACAGCGGACCCUACGAGAUCGCCGAGCCCCGGGUAAUUACCGCUUUGGAGACUUACACGCCGUCUUGGCUGCAAACACCCCGCCUCAAGCGUUUGGCAGAGAUCGUGUCAGCACAGGCGGUAGCUCAACAAGAGAGGCUAGAAUUCGAAGUACCUGAGCCGCAAGACAUUGGGGAAGAAAAUGGCCUUGCGGAAGUCAGCGACGUGGAGCUGGAGGCAGGACCGGCGGCAGCAGAGGAGGAGGAGCGAGGCGGUCGAGGGAUGUAG